AUGGCUGCAGAGACCAAUGGGUUUGCUGCAAAGUGGGGAGGACACCAGGUUCAUGGGUGGACUCAUGAGUGGAUGCAAACAAGAAUGCUUCCAGUUUCACAAUGGGGAUGGCAUGCCAAGAUUUCAUCACUUCUUGAUGACCCUGCAAUCGCAUCUGAGCUCUGCACAUUCAUGCACUCAAACAAAUGGUCAAUGGAUCCCCAGAAGCUGGUGAAAUUCAUGAAUAAUGAACUUCUCCAUACUGAAGCAACAAAAUAUCUCAAGGGGCUUGUGCAGACUGAAAUGCCCCAGGGGCUGAAGAGAUACAUUGAGCUUGAGCCCUUUCCUCACAUUCACAUGAAGGUUUGGUGUGGGGUAUCAUUGAGCACAGCCCGUCGCUGGCUCUGUCUUGAAGGAUUUUGGUUCAUGGCAUACAAGAAAGGGCUGUAUUUUGAUGGCCACGAUCGACCAGAUGUUGUUGAAUAUCACCAAAAUGUCUUUCUUCCUGCAAUGAAGGAACAUGAACAUUGGCUUGUUCAUUAUGUUAUUGGAGAUGUUGAGAAGGAGUCUGAUAUCCCUCCUUCCAAUUUUGUCAAAACACAGCUGGUCAUUUGUGUGCAUGACAAGAUGAUAACUCAAGCAAAUGAUGGACAGUCAAUGAGCUGGGUGCCAGAUGGUGAGCACAAGCUGAGAAAGAAAGGAGCAGGUCGAGGAUUGCAUCAGAGUAGUAUCAUUUGCUUGACUGUUGGACAUCUUGAGGAAGCAGCACACACCAUCGAGUAUGGCAAAAAUUAUGAGGGAUACUGGAAUGGGGAAAUGUUUGUUGCACAGGGGAAGCUCUGUGACAAAAUUAUUCCAGCAUUUGAAUGUGCUCAUGGACCUGGUUACCAGGCGUUGUUCCUCAUCAAUAAUUCUCAGGGACACUCAGCAUAUGCAGAUGAUGUGUUGCUGAUCUUGUGCAUGAAUGUAAAUCUGGGGGGCAAGCAGGCACAGAUGAAAGAUGGUUGGUUCAUUGAUGCUGGUGGGCAAAAAGUUAUUCAGCCCAUGAUGUUUCCCUCUGAUCACCAUGAUCACCCAAACGAACUAAAGGGCAUCAAGGCUGUUCUCCAGGAAUGUAGUCUUUUGCAGGGGAGACAUCGAGGCAGGUGCCAAUCAAAGUGUCCUGACAAGGCAAUGAACUGCUGCUUCAAGCAAAUUCUCAAACUUCAACCAGAUUUUGUUGAGCAGAAACCACUUGUGCAAGAUGUCAUUGAGGCUGCUGGUCACUUGUGCAUCUUCUUGCCAAAAUACCACUGCAAGCUCAAUUUUAUUGAGUUUUUUGGGGGGCAGUAA